CUGUCACUCCGAUAGGUUUUUUGUUAUUGUUACUGCUGCACAAACUUGCUUUUGUUUACUAUUUCUAUAAACUAAUUAAUUAACAGAUAAAUAAACCCACAAUCUUAUAUUGGGAGUGUGUUAUCAAACCCACUGGUAAAUACAAAAAAGCCGACCCUCUCCCAAUGAGCAUUAAUUGGAUAAAGAUCACUGAAAGGGCCCGGGAGGGCAUCAAGAUUAUAAAUGCGUUACCGUUCGACACCUUCACCACAGUCCUUUGGUACACACACCGUCAGAUGAGUCCAAGCGGCUCCGGGGCUUCCGCGUCCACUAGCGCCGGCAGUACGGUGGGCACCAGUGUGACAACUACGGAGCGGGCGGACAGCAGUGGUGCCGGAGAGGAAAACCCCACCAGCAGUAGUGAGCCGGAGUACACGCUAGAGGAACUAGAGCGAUUGGUGGGCGUGCCACGGGCAGACUUCCUUCUGCUUAUCAAAACCUUUUCGUACAUCCUGCGCCGAAUCUCCACGUUCAUCAUUAAACCCAGUCUGUUGCAGCGUGAACUGCGCGACAAGCUGCAGCUAGAGGACGAGGCCAAGAUCGAUGCUAUUCUGCGGCUGUGGGUCCGUGAGACCACCCCGAUCAUGAACAAUUUGGCCAGCAAGCGGUACGAAUCGAAUGUGAUCGAGGACGUGGCAUGGAAGCUCAAUGUCGAGGUUUCCUCGCACUGCCAGCAACGGACAAAGACACCGCUGGCCGUUCUUCAGAUGAAGACGGGCGCCGGCGAGGACAUUAGCAUCGAGAUGACGCAUCCGGAGCUGCAGGAUCUAUACAAUCAGUUCGAAAACAUUCAAAGCGAGCUGGACGCCAUGCUGGCAAUGAAGGCUCCGACUCCGGCUGCGGCUGCAGCUUCUACUUCAGCCCCCGCUCAGUGAGGACGUUGACCAUUCCCUGUGCCAAUUUAGUGUUUAGUGUUAGUCGUCCACCCUGUGCAAAUAUGUAUGCAAUACAAAAUCCAAUCGUAGCCAAAACCUAGUUAAAAAAGGAGAGUUCGGCAACCGUUUGUAGCUUCCAAUUUAAAUCAGUUCUUGAACUCUUAAA